AAACCCCCCCCUUUCUUCCUAACAGAACCCAAACCAGAAAAAAGAGAAAACUCUCUCUCUGUCUCUGGAAGUUGGCCAUGGAUUCUCUGACAGCCGCUGCCAUGUCCCCAUCAUCAACAUCAUCUCCUCUCUCCAUAUUCUCUCCCAACAAUAGGACUCCUCUUUCUAGAAAACCUUCUCAUAUCUCCUUCAACAAAAAUCGAGAAAACGAUGCCGAGAACGCAAACAACACCAACAGCAACGACAGUCUCAUUCCUCUCUCUCUUUCCCAUCUUUCCAAGGAUGCAGCGAUGGGAUUGGUUUUGAGCGCAGCUGCGGGCGGCAGAGGGUGGACGACAGGUUCAGGAAUGGAAGGCCCUUCUGUUCCCGCCACUCCCGAGUCAGGAUCCUGUACAGAUCAGAUCUCGACCUUCCCAUGGUCGCUGUUCACCAAAUCCCCUCGCCGCCGCAUGCGUGUCGCGUUCACUUGCAACGUCUGUGGGCAGCGGACCACCCGCGCCAUCAACCCCCAUGCCUACACUGAUGGGACUGUCUUCGUACAGUGUUGCGGCUGCAAUGUCUUUCACAAGCUGGUCGAUAAUCUGAAUCUGUUUCAUGAGAUGAAAUGUUACGUGAACCCAAGUUUCAGCUAUAAAGACCCGACCAAAGGAGACAUGCGCUUCAAGUUUCUAGACAUUGACAAUGAUGAUGAUGUUUUCCCUCUUGUGUGAAGAGGGAUGAUUAAAGGAUCUUGGUCUGUACAUUCUAAGUUCAUUUUAUCUCUAUGUUUUACUAAACUUAUUGUGAUGUUGGGUUGAUUUUUGCAAACUUUAUUUAAUCAUUUGAUUGUAUAUAUUUGCAUGAUAUAUGGCUUUUAUUGUUAUUCAUGAAAAUAGUCAGAAUAGUGAUUUGGGUCAGAUUCACCUUAAAAAGAAAUUGCACAUGGACGUGUUUAUUAGCUUA